AUGGAUGAACAAGACUCAGCUGGCCCUGGAGCAGAAAGAGGCCAUGCCAUCCAAACUGGGAACAGUGGGGGAUUCUGGGAAAACUCUGUGCAGAAGAUCCUGGGUGAGGAGGACACCCUCCGCUCAGAGGUGCAGAGCCAGCAGGUGAGGCAGUUCUGCUGCCAGGAGGCCAAAGGACCCCGAGAGGUUUGCAGCCGACUCUACCACUUUUGCCGCCAGUGGCUGAAGCCAGAAAGGCACACGAAAGCUGAGAUGCUGGACCUGGUGAUCUUGGAGCAGUUCCUGGCUGUCCUUCCACCGGAGAUGGAGAGCUGGGUGAGGGACUGUGGAGCGGAGACCAGUUCCCAGGCGGUGGCCCUGGCCGAAGGUUUCCUCCUGAGUCAGGCAGAGGAGAGAAAGCAGGAAGAGAGAAAGCAGGUGAGAGAGACUUUCCUUUGGAUACUCCCAAGGCCUCCGAACAGGAUGGAGAAUAUCCCAAAAUGUUCUACUGAUGGCCCAUCCUUUUUCUGAGAAGACAUCCAUGGAAUGAAAUCUCACACCUUUCAAGUCUUUGUCAUUCUCUUUCUAAUAUUUCUCGCCAUUCAUUCUCUGUUUUUAAACCUUGUUCUUUCAGGAAAAGGAUGAUUUUGCAGAAAUGGACCUGGAUUCCUGUGAGGCAGAGAGGCCUCCGUUGGACACCAGAGAGAGGCAGCUGGGUAAGGAGGAAGGUUGUUUUUCUCCAUUUGGUCUCAUUCUGUUGGUUUUCCAACUCCUGUGUGACUCCUUUUCAUCUUUUGUUGGGGGAGAUAGUUGGGGCCAAGAGCCCAGAGGAGGGGAAAUAUAUAUUUCUUUUUUUAUAAAUGAUUUUUAUUUGUUUUGCAUAUAAUCACAUUACAUAACAUCGUAUCCUCUUGUUUUAUCUCUUUAGCUCGACUGAGCCUAAUGACUUCCCUCCCUCCCGUCUGAUGGUUUACAAAAUUAAACUUUACAGCUUUUGCUUCAUUUCCUAUCCUUGUUAUAUCAUUACCUCUACCUGAAUAGGUAGCAAUUUCACCUUACAGAUCUUCAGAUAACCCUGCUAAUGAUGUUAAUUGCUUACAGUUAUCGUUCAAAUAUAAUGCAAAUUUGUUCCAGUCCUUUUGGAAUGCUUGGUCUCACUGGUUCUGGAUUCUUCCCACCAGUUUCGCCAGUUCUGCAAAGUCCAUCAUUUUCAUCUGCCACCCUUCUUCUGUUGGUAACUCCUGUUGUUUCCAUCUUUGGGCUCCAUUCUUGCCACAGUUGUUGCAUAUAAGAACAAUUUUUUCUCUGGUCUCGGUAUCUCUCUACCCACUAUACUUACCGUAUUUUUCGCUCUAUAACACGCACCUAACCAUAACACGCACGUAGUUUUUAGAGGAAAACAAGAAAAAAAAUAUUCUGAAUCAAAUGUUGUACCAAACUAUUUAAUAAACAACCGGUAUAUCAGAAUCAUAUUACAAGCAUGUAAAGUGAACAGCAGUCAACAGUGGCAUUAAGAACCAUCAUCACUGUCAUUAACAAAUGAAGAGAGAAUUUUAGGUUCGAGUACUCUUCUAGUCUUCUGUGAACCCCAAGAACUCAUCACUGCUAGAGUCAGAAUUUAUGAAGUUCAGUUGCUCACAAUCACUGACAUCACUUUCUUCACUAUCUUCAUAUAAAAUGUCAUCUUCUUUUGCAUCCAAACCAAACCACAUUUUUUGAAUGACUGUGCAACGAUUUCCUCCUUCACUGAGUGCCAUGAUGUGGGGCUUACCUGGCUGCCCCCCAAUAUUUUUUGAAGUUGGAAGAGGGAGGGAGGGAGGGAAGGAAGAGAGAGGGGGAACUCACAUUUAUGCAGCUGCCUUGCCUCGGAGCAAAAAGAGGAGGAGGAGACUCAGGGACACGAGACUUGUAAGCCGCUUUGUUUGAAUUUACCGGUGAGGUGCUGGGGGAGGGACGGAAGGGGAUGCCCUCUUUGUCCCUCCUUCCGGCUCAUUGUAAAGAAAGCAGAGUAAGAGCCGCUUACAUUUGUGUAAGGGAGAGCCAUAGAGCAGGCAGACACUGAGAAAGAGAGGCUGUCUCCCUUUCCCCACCUUGGCUUUUACACGCUGCAUGCAGCUCUUGCCAGCUUCCGAUCUGCCUCCCUUCUCCCACCUCGCUAAAAAGCCAUAGAGCAGGCAGACAGGAGGAAGAGAGGCUGUCUCCCCACUCUCAGCUGUUGCCGGCUUCUCAAGGAGCCAAGCGGAGGCUCCUCCUGCCUGCAUUCGCUCCAUAACGCGCACACACAUUUCCCUUUACCUUUUAGGGGGGAAAAACUGAGUAUUAUGGUGCGAAAAGUACGGUAAUAAAAAAGCUUCUGGUUUUUUAACAAAGGUGUCUUUAAACAUUUUCUUUAACUCAUUAUAUAUAAUUUCCCAGAAAGCUUUUACGUCUUUACAUGUCCACCACAUAUGGUAAAAAGUACCUUCCUUUUCCUUACAUUUCCAACGUUCAUUUUUUGUUCUAUACGUUUUGGCCAGUUUAACUGGUGUUAAAUACCACCUGUACAUCAUUUUCAUAACAUUUUCUUUAAGCGUACUGCAUGCUGUGAAGUUAAUACUUUCAUUCCAUAACCUCUCCCAAUCUUCUAACUGUAUACUAUGCCCAAUAUCUUUAGCCCAUUGUAUCGUUAAUGAUUUUACCUCCUCAUCUUUAGUAUGCCAUUCCAAUAAUAAUGUAUACAUUUUUGACAAUAUUUUUGUCUUAUCAUUCAAUAAAUCUAUCUCAAAUCUAGAUCUUUUUGUUUCAAAACCAUUUUUCUUUUUAUCCUCUUCAAACACUUCAUUUAUCUGACGAUAAUGCAACUAAUCCCUCAAUAAUUCUUUUGUUUCCUCAAACGUUUUUAAUUUUAACUGGUUUCCUUCCUCCACCACUGUAUCUCUGUAGGUGGCUCAUUUUUCUUCCAUAUUUUUUUUUUUUAACUGCAAUCACUUCCAAUGGUGAGAGCCACCAUGGAGUUUUACAUUCUAAUAGACUUUAUAUCUAUUCCACACCUCAUAAAUUGUCUUUCUUAUAAUGUGGUUCAGGAAUUCUUUAUGCAUUUUUACCUUCUCAUACAGUAAAUAGCAUGCCAUCCAAAUCUGUUAUCAUAUCCUUCCAGAUCUAACUUGCUGUUGUUUGUUAAGGGAUUGGAUUUUGUUAAAGAAUAGAGAUCUGUUAGAUCGGGAAAUAUUUUUCUUCACAACUAACAUCUGAAAUACUCUCAAUCAUCAGCAGGCAAGACUUUCUCAAAUGCUCCUCUGUAGUUUGAGAUGCACUGAUUUACCUAUGAGACAAGAAGGCACUCUGGGCCUCCCCCUUACCUUUUCCCUCUUGCAGGUGACACAGUGAUACUGGCUAGACCUCUUCAUCCAUCUCUGAAUGGGGACAGAAUGGAAGCAGCGGCUGUGGAACCAGAUCAGGUCAGGGGAAGCUGCCUUGCGGGGACAGAGGCCAAGGGGUGGAACAAUGUCCUAGCUCAAGGAGUGGUGGUGAACAACAGUGUUGUCUCAGAGGAGGACAUUUCCUUUUUUCUUUCAGGGUCCAGUGUGCUUUGAAAAUGUUGCUGUUUAUUUCACGGACGAGGAGUGGGCGUUGCUGGAUCCUGACCAGAGAGCUCUGCAUAAGGAUGUUAUGGAGGAGAAUCAUGAGAUCGUGGCCUCUCUUGGUAAGGCUCCUGUCACGUCUGGCAAGGCUCUCCCACACAAGACGCGACAGGCUGGAAGUUGUUUUACCUUCUGAUUUAUUAAGCAAUUACUGAGCUCAGUAGCCCAGCUUCUGUAACACAUCAAUCACUACCAAAGUCAGUUGCUGCCCUAAACUUCCGUCGUUUUCCCAGGCAACCUAAAUUCCACCUCCGGGUCCCCCUGUUUCUGGUCCUGCGCAAAGCUAAUACCUUAUUAUUUCUUCUAGUCUUGGGGGAGUCUGGUUCUGUUAGCCCCCCCUUUGUCUAGAGUAGAUUCUAACGGUUCCCCUCCUCCUGUGGCUUGCUCUGUGUUGUUUUGACGUUCCACAGGCUGCAUUCCAGAGCUUGUCUCUUCCUGACUAUGCGAAGGACUCCAGUUCCUGCUCCCCCCAGUUUGCACUCCCUCCUCUCUGGAUUUCUCGCUUUCUGUCAGAGCAAAAGCGUCCCUGACAUCCCCCCCCCCCCCGCGGCCUCGCUGCCUGCCAUGGAGGACUGUCAAAACUGGCCUCCACCAUCCCUCAGUCUCCUCUGCUUUUUCCUCUUCCUCACUGAGGUCUGCCUCCACCCUCCAGGUUUGGGCUUGUGUGGUUAACGACAGUCAAACUGUCUCUGCAAGUCGGGGGCGUGCACAUUCUCACUUUUCUCUCAUGAAUUUUCCUCAGCCGUAUAGCCCUUCCAGGAAACUAAAUACUGUAACUUCCUUCUGUGAAACCUAGAAUCCAGUAUCUCCGCAACCUCAUACUCCUCUUGGUCAUCAACCAGGACUGGAGGAGGCUGUGCCUGCCUAGGUUUCUGGUACUGGUGUGCCGGAACAAAUGGUGAUAGGAGUGCCCUGUGGAAAACAGGAUGGAUUAUCGUGGAGUUAGGCAACUUAAGCCUGAACGAUACAGGGUUAAUCUGUUCUACUACUUCAAAAGGCCCUAACCUCCGUGGUUUCAGUUUCCUGCACCUCCACUUCAUGGGCAAAUCUUUCCCUGACAACCAUACCUGAUCCCCCACUUUAAUCUCCUUGCCCUGCUGCCUAUGCUCAUCAGACCCUUCUUGUACGUGGCCUUUGCCAUGCCUAGUUUUUCCCAUAGCAGUUCAAGUCCCACAUUUCUUCCAUGAAUUGUUUUGCUGCCGGUACUGGCAGGUUACUCCACGGAUCAGGAAAUGCCCUCGGGUGUCAUCCGUGGUUGGCGUCAAAUGGAGUCUGCUGUGUAGGCAUAUGCACAGCAUUGCUGUAAGUGAACUCUGCCAGGCUCAACUUGUUCACCCAGUCAUCUUGCUGAUAGUUCACAUAACAAUGAAGGUACUGCUGCAACGUCGCAUUGGUUUUCUCUGACUCUCUAUUGGUUUGCGAGUGCGUUGCCGAUGUCAGGCACACCUCUACACCCAACAACUGCAUGAGUCUCCUCCAAAAUUGGGAGGUAAAUUGUGCCCCUCUAUCAGAGAUUACCUUCAGAGGUAAUCCUUGUAGCUUUUAACGUGGUCCACAAACAUCCUGGCCAUUUCCUGAGCCGAUGGCAGUUUCUGGCAGGACACAAAGUGUGCCAUUUUCAUGAACAAGUCUAGUACUACCCAUUUAUAGUCUGUUUCUGCGAGGCUGGAAGAUCCGUGAUGAAGUCCAUUGCAACUACUUCCCAUGGUCCUUGUGGUGUCAGUAGUGGCUGUAGCAAUCCCAUCGGCGCUUCCCGGGGUGUUUUGGUCCAUUGACAAGGUCUUACAUGCUCUCACAUACUCUCUCGUCUCUUCUCAUAUCUUUGGCCACCAAAAUUGUCUCUUCAAAUCACAGAGUCUUGUAGUGUCCCAAAUGACCUGCUGUGGGAUUGUUGUGACACUGCUGUAGCACUCUGGAGCGCAACUCCCCUUCUGGAACAUAAACCACCGCUUCCUUGAACAGCAAGGCUUCUCUCUUGAUGAAACUCUCGGAUCAUCCUCACCUCUCUGUAUUGCCUCAAACUUGCUUUCCAGGAAGCCAUCCAUUGCCGUCUGUCUUUCGAAGUCUGCAGUUUCCACCAUUGGCGUCGCUGGCAGUUGUAAUUGCUCCGGUUUCAGAAUAUGUCUCGGUCCGGUGUUUAAGUCCCCCUCCAGAUAGUCUGGCUUCUGGGACAGGGCAUACACCCUCUCGAUCUGGUGCCUUGGCAGAUUUGGAAGUUGAACUGAGCAAAAAACUGCGCCCAUUUGAUUUGCCUCUGGUUCAGCAACAACAACAAGGACUUUAUUUGCGUAGCCAACAGGCCAUAGCAUCAAAGGACAAACACCGACAAAAAUACAUUACAAAUAUAGUUACCGUAUAAUCUUAUGGCCUAUUAAAACCCUAGGUAAAAACUGGAUUAUCAUUCAUCAAUGACCCUCUGUCCCAUGGGCGGAGGCCUUUUCUCUGGUAGAUUGUUCCAGGUUGGUUAAGUAAAUAGACCAGCCAAAUUGAAAGAAUAUAAAUAUAAAUGGUCAGGACAGGGAGAAAGAUAAUAAUAACCAGAUGCAGAUAAAUUAAUAAUCUCAGUACUUAAAACUUGGCAGAGAUAAUAAAAUACUAAUAAUGAAACAUAAUGAUAAUAAUGAUAAAAUCCUAAGCGAGAAAUCCAGAUGAUGACACUGAUGUCAUUCAGAUGGUAGCUCUCAGUCUCAUUGCUCUCUCGAUAAAUUUAGCAACCUUCUCUGUUGUCGAGCUGUUCUGGUUGGCUAGGAGUGAGAACAAUUUGGCUUCACCAGAUUUGAAAGAUUUUAUCCAUCAUCAACGUAAACUCCCUCAAAUUUGCGGGGGCACUGUGUUUGCCUGCUAUAAGGGGAACUGGCCAAGCUUUUGCAUCUCCACCUAGCAAGCUGAUUAUAUAAGCCGAUCAGAGCUAAAUUCUGACUCUCUGAUGUCCAUAAAAUAAAGCAAUUCCAUUCUGAAGGCAUGAUACUCCUCUGGUUUGCUGGACUACUGGGACGGGCUUGCAAAAGAAGUCUUAUAUGCUCUGAGAGCUCUCUGUCUGCAGCUGCAGUCUCUGUUCUGAGAAUGCUCCUGGUAGCAUAUCUAGCUACAAUUUCAACUGCCAGCUGUAUUGACAAGGGGGUCCCUUGUCUAGGCUGGUCCCUCUCCCACUCCUCCGGCCCCUUCUGGUCCCCCGGCCCAUUGUACUUGCCUGUCCAUCGUCACUCUCUGGGGUCCGUCAGUGUGAGAGAGGUUGAGUGCGGCAAGCUGUCAGGUCUGGUAAGGCUCUCCCAAACAAGACAUGACAGGCUGGAAGCUGUUUUACCUUCUGAUUUAUUAAGCAAUUACCGAGCUCAGUAGCCCAGCUUCUGUAACACAUCAAUCACUACCAGAGUCAGUUGCUGCACUGAACUUCCGUGGUUUUCCCAGGCAACCUAAAUUCCACCUCUGGGUCACCCUGUUUCUGGUCCUGCGCAAAGCUAAUACCUUAUUAUUUCUUCUAGUCUUGGGGGAGUCUGGUUCUGUCAGCCCCCCCUUUGUCUAGAGUAGAUUCAAACGGUUCCCCUCCUCCUGUGGCUUCCUCUGUGUUGUUUUGACAUUCCACAGGCUGCAUUCUAGAGCUUGUCUCUUCCUGACUAUGCGAAGGACUCCAGCUCCUGCUCCCCCCAGUUUGCACUCCCUCCUCUCUGGAUUUCUCACUUUCUGUCAGACGGAAAGCAUCCCUGACAGCUCCCUUUGGGAUCAAAAUAUCUGUUUUUAAAUUCAAAGCAGCUCUCUGUGAUGAACCUCAUAUAUUUUCACAGAACUCAAUAACAACCGGGAUUACAAUAUUCCCACAAUUAACCUUGAACAGGAAAUUACUUUUUUUUCUGUGAGUGUCCUUCCUCCAGUUGUUGUUGUUGUUUAGUCAUUUAGUCGUGUCCGACUCUUUGUGACCCCAUGGACCAGAGCACGCCAGGCACUCCUGUCUUCCACUGCCUCCCGCAGUUUGGUCAAACUCAUGCUGGUAGCUUCGAGAACACGGUCCAACCAUCUCGUCCUCUGUCGUCCCCUUCUCCUUGUGCCCUCCAUCUUUCCCAACAUCAGGGUUUUUUCCAGGGAAUCUUCUCUUCUCAUGAGGUGGCCAAAGUCUUGGAGCCUCAGCUUCACGAUCUGUCCUUCCAGUGAGCACUCAGGGCUGAUUUCCUUAAGAAUGGAUACGUUUGGUCUUCUUGCAGCCAAUGGGACUCUCAAGAGUCUCAUUCCUCCAGUUACAGCUUCUUAAACAAUUAUCAGCCUGGUCUGAACUACCUAGACCAUUUUAUCUGUAAACUUCAGAGUUGUUAGGUAAGUUUAAGUAGCUUCUGUCAGGUUUUCUGUUUUUGUUCUUGCUCCUGUCGGUCCUUGGAUGACAAAAGAGAAGACUGACAUUAGAAAUGGAGGGAUGCCAUGAUGGAGCCGAACAAAAUCCAUUUGAGAGAAGAGCCAGGCUUAUCGAAUCACAGGUUCCCCUAAGGAUGUCGGUUGAUCCCCGUUAGUUAAUGCACCCAACCCUUCAGAAAACCAUCCAUCUAACCCACUUGUGUUAUUCCCCAGUGACCAGUGUUAAAAGGUAUUCUUCAUUAAUUUCUCCCUGAGGCUUUAAUCCAUUUCUCUCUUCAUUGCAGGUAGUGAUGAACUGGAAAUCAAGAACAAGGGUGACCAUGAAAAAAUAUCCACAGUGGAGAAGCAGUAUAAAUAUAUUGAAUGUGGAAAAAGUUCCCAUUCCUCUUCCCAUCAAAUAAAUCCCAUUGGGAAGAAACCUUAUAAGUGCUUGGAAUGUGGAAAGAGCUUCAGUCAGAGCACCCAUCUCACUUCCCAUCAAAGAAUUCAUACAAGAGAGAAACCAUAUAAUUGUUUGGAAUGUGAAAAGAGCUUCAGUAACAGCUCCUCUCUCACUUCCCAUCAGAGAAUUCAUACAGGGGAGAAGCCCUAUCAGUGUGGGGAAUGUGGAAGGAGCUUUAGUCAGAGUGGCCAUCUCACUUCCCAUCAAAGAAUUCAUACAGGGGAGAAACCCUAUCACUGUGUGGAAUGUGGAAAGAGCUUCAGUAGUAACUCCCAUCUCAGUUCCCAUCAAAGAAUUCAUACAGGGGAGAAACCCUAUCAGUGUGUGGAAUGUGGAAAGAGCUUCAGUAACAGCUUCUCUCUCACAUCUCAUCAAAGAAUUCAUACAGGGGAGAAACCCUAUCAGUGUGGGGAAUGUGGAAAGAGCUUUAGUCAGAGUGGCCAUCUCACUUCCCAUCAAAGAAUUCAUACAGGUGAGAAACCCUAUCAGUGCAUGGAAUGUGGAAAGAGCUUCAGUGUGAGCUCUUAUCUCACUUCCCAUCAAAGAACUCAUACAGGGGAGAAACCCUAUCAGUGCACGGAAUGUGGAAAGAGCUUCAGUCAGGGCUCCUCUCUCACUUCCCAUCAAAGAAUUCACACAGGGGAAAAACCCUAUCAGUGCAUGGAAUGUGGAAAGAGCUUCAGUUGGAGCUCUGAUUUCACUUCCCACCAAAAAAUUCAUACAGGGGAGAAACCCUAUCAAUGUUUGGAAUGUGGAAAGAGCUUCAGUUUGAGCUCCUAUCUCACUUCCCAUCAAAGAAUUCAUACAGGGGAGAAACCUUAUCAGUGCAUGCAGUGUGGAAAGAGCUUCAGGAAGAGCUCCCAUCUCACUGCGCAUCAAAUAAUUCAUACAGGGGAGAAACGUUAUCAGUGCAUGGAAUGUGGAAAGAGCUUCAGUCACAGCCACAGUCUCACUUCCCAUCAAAGAAUUCAUACAGGGGAGAAACCCUAUCAGUGCGUGGAAUGUGGAAAGACCUUCAAUACAAGCUCCUAUCUCACUUUCCAUCAAAGAAUUCAUACAGAGGAGAAACCCUUCAUUCUACAGCUUUAGGAGCCAGGCAAAUACGCACCUUUUUAACCAGGCCUUUGGCUGAUUGACAUCUAAUGCCCUUUUAAAGUAUGGUGGGGAUGGGGGUUACAGAUGUGUAUUUUGUGGUUUUAUAUUGUGCUUUUAUGUUGUAACUGUCCUGAGACCUGUGGGUGUAGGGAAUAGGAGCCAACUCUUAGAGGCCAGUGGGUCUUUGCCCCCCAAUAAGAUAUUUGAGGGGGCCACCCCCCAGUUGAUAGGCAUUGCCAAUCAAAUGAUGUGCAUAAUACUAAUAAUACUACUAAUAAUUCAUUAUUUAUACUGCGCCCAUCUGGCUGAGUUUCUCCAGCCACUCUCGGUGGCUCCCAAUCAAGUGUUAAGAACAAUACAGCAUUAAAUAUUAAAAACUUCCCUAAACAGGGCUGCCUUCAGAUGUCUUUUAAAGAUAGGAUAUCUACUUAUUUCCUUCACAUCUGAAGGGAGGGUGUUCCACAGGGUGGGCGCCACUACCAAGAAGGCCCUCUGUCUGGUUCCCUGUAACCUCACUUCUCACAAUGAGUGAACCACCAGAAGGCCUUUGGCGCUGGAUCUCAGAGUCCGGGCUGAACAAUGGGUGGAGACGCUCCUUCAGGUAUACAGGAUCCUGUGAUUGAUUGUGCAAGGUGGGCCUUACCAUGCCCCCCACCAAUAUUUUAUUCAAGUUGGCACCACUGGGUCGGGUGGUAUUCAAAUUAAAUAAAUACAUAAAUCGCUUUCCUUUGCACAUGUUCCAGCUUGUCAAUAUCCUUAUUUAUUAUCAUUUCUAAAUUUAUGUGCCUUUCAUUUGAAGAUUUCACAACAUAAACAUAAGGAUGAAAGCAUGACUUUCUCAAAAACAAGUCAUUCCAGAAAAACCUCUCUUUUUCUUUUUUCUUUUUGAUCAGGGGACUGCUGUGGAAAUAGUGCAUCUUUCUUUCAGUGUGGCUUUUGAUGAAGUCCCCCAUGAUAUUUUUGCAAGGAAGCUGGUAAAAUGUUGGCUGAACGAGGUAACUGUUAGCUGGAUUUGACUGACCAAACCCAAAGAGGACUCCUUCAUGGUUCCUCCUCAUCCUGGGGAAAAGUGACAAGAGGGGUGCUGCAGGGUUCUGUCCUGGGCCCGUUGUUGUUAAACAUCUUUAUAAAUGUCUUGGAUGAAGGAACUGAGGGGAUGCUCAUCAAAUUUGCAGACAACACCAAAUGGGGAGCGGAGGCCAAUGUGGCAGAAGGCAGAAUCAGAUCAAGUGCAGGAAUAGUACCACUUUAUUUUGCCUAGGAUACUGUGUUUAGUUCUGGGCACCAGAUCUGAAAUUUUGUUUGCCUGGGGAAAUCAAGAGGGUGGGGGGGGACACUAUCCAUAUUCCUUUUAUAACAUGUGGCCAAUGUUUAUUAAAUACAUAUAUUGUUAGGACUGUUGCCAGAAUCCACCCAGCACUCAAGGGAAGAUGUGUUGUGAUCUUUUCGAGUAAUCAAAUGAAACUUGUAGCACAUGGCAGGAUGAAAGUCUUCAAUUUCAUCAGGACAAGUUAUUUGUUUUUUUACUGUUGUAACCAUUGCUUUCUGAAAAUUCAUCUUCUAUACCAUGAAGAUAAAUCAAAGUAAUUAAAAAAAAGAGAAGGGGGAAACGUGCACUAUUCCAUUAAUCUGCUUGCAUGUGUUGAGUGUUAUUUGGAGACUGUAAUUUCAGUAAUUUCACAUUAUCUAUGUGUUUCUGUGUGUUCAGCACACAUGAUUGCAGGUGAGACUGAAUAAAAGACUUCCUAGGAAAUUCCCUUUGACUGCUUCUGUAUUGUUUCAAAUGUGACUUCAUUUACACAUAAGAUCAUAUUUAUUGCUGAAAAAUCAUGUCAUCGUUGGCUCCUUAAUCUCUACCCCAACAAACCUUGCUCUUAACAUGAGUAACUUCUUUCCCACAAUUUCUUGGGUGGAAAUAACUGAUAUUGGAAAGGAGGUAUACCUUUUCCCUCAAACUUUUGGACGAGGUUAAAGUGGGAAAUCCCAAGGGAGAUUUUGCUUAACCGAGCUUCAAUUCAGCAGGUGAGACUUGAUUUUCACAGGGCACAGCUACAGAACAAUGAUAGAAAGUUAUCCAACCUUGGUGGCUGGGCGGAAUUUCUUUUCAAUUGUUUUUAUUGAUUUUCCAGAUUAUUACAAGUCAUUGCCAACUUAAUUCAAUUCAGUACAAUUUUCCAAAACAUGUUUCCCACUCUCCUUGUAAGAUAUUGUGGUAAUCAUUCACUUCUUUGAAAGCCAGCAUCCAUCUGUGUUUUUAUUUAUCUGUUGCAAUAGGACAGAGCUCACUCAAUGUGCUAAUUAAGAAGGUCUGCCCCGAGGCACAUCAGGACAAAAGCCGAUAAAGUAGUUCAAACACAGCAAACAGAGAGUCCUAAAACACCCUUAAACAUAUCUUAGGAAAGAUAGAAAUAAAAUAAGCAUAGUUUGGAUGGCCAUCUGUCCUGGAAGAUCCAGCUAAGAUUCCUGCAUUGGGUCCCUCUUAAGAUUCAGUGAGGAGACCAACCUCAUGGAUUCCAAUAGAAAAUUCUUUUUAAAUCAUUUAUGGACAUUUAAAAACCUUUGGAGAAGUAGUGUCCCUUGCUUUGAACAUGAUUGUCUAUGCUUUACACUCUGCAGGAAGGCCUGUUCAUAA